GUGUGUGUGAGGAGCAGCGACAGACCUGCGAACGGGCAUCCGAGCCAGUCCGGGCUAAAAAAACAGGAACCGUACUAUUUUCCACUGUCUUUUGCAAUGUUCCCGACGAUAUUUCUACGCCGUCUGCUCUGAUCCCAUCGAAGUUGCCGUCUCCACAGACGUCGGCUACAGAAACCAACCAAGAAAUUAAUGCAUCUUUGCUCCGCGGUCCUGUUUGUUUUGACCUGCGUAGCUAGAAGGGAAUCCUGCAAGAGGGAUUAGCGGUCCGUCAAUGAGGAACUACCGGCUCAUCUUCUGCCACAACCUGAAGCAGCCAUAGAUGGUUCGGUGGUUCACUGGCUAGGGGAGGAGAGGAUAGGACACACUUUCACUGCUACACGACGUUAGGUCUUGGCGGGGCUGUGGUGAGGAGGAGGAGGAGGCCAUGAGGAAGAGCGUGUCUCCGUUGCCAGGCAACGAGGGCGGGAGCUCAGCCAGCACCACACGGGUAUUUGGCGUUCCUUUGGAGGAGGUGACGCGCACACACACAAUCAGUGGCCAUGAGGUUCCUGCACUGGUGAAACACAUCGUCGACUACAUCGAGGAGCAUGGUCACCUGGACCUGGAGGGGCUCUUCCUUGUUAAUGGCAACGCAGAGCGUGUGGAUUGGCUGCGCCAGCGGUACGACAGCGGAGAGGAAGUGGAGCUAGAGAAGGAGGCGGACCUGGCGUCAGCGGUCAGUCUGCUGCGACUCUUCCUGCAGGAGCUUCCUGAGCCGGUUAUCCCAACGGCGAUACAGGGACACAUUUUACAGCUACACCAAGAUUACAGCAACGAAGAGGAUCUGUGUAGAAACCUGAAGUACCUGCUGCAGCAGCUUCCACAGCUGAACUACGGCCUGCUGCGUUUCCUCUGCCGCUUCCUGGCCAGCGUGGCUUCACUUCAGCAGGAGAGCUGGAACAUCGGGACGCUGGCGGCUGUUUUCGGACCAGACAUCUUCCAUCUGUCAACAGAAGGAGAGGACCUUCGGGACCAGGAGUCUGUCAGCAGAGUCCUGGCAGAGCUGUUAGAUAACCAGGAGGGACUGUUUGACUCGGAGGACGAUGACGUCUCCACCACCAACGACUACAGCUCCAUCAAUGAACAGAUCACCGAGCUGUUAGAUGAUGAGAAGUGUGAGGCCGAAUGUGAAGAGCUGCCUCAGGACGGAGAGGAGGGUCCUGCCUCCUCUGACUCACCACAACACACACACACUGACGACGGCCCCACAGCCAGUUCCCACCUCUCCCCCAUAUCCAUCCUGCCUGCUGACUCUGCUGAAAUAAUCCAGCGAACAAUAAGGGCUGCAGUGGAGCAGCACUUCUUUGAUCUGAAAACCUCCAUCGACCAAGACCUCAGCAACUAUGACAGCCAAGGGGUGAGUCCCGGUGAGACUGCAGACCAGGGUUGCAUCAGAGAUGAGGAGCAGCAAACUGACCCUGAGGACAGUCCCUGUGACACAGAAGGGGAGACCCCACUCACAGAGACCGAGCAGCACAUGCAACAAAGCCCGAAAGACACACAGGAUUCAUUGGACUCUGGCGCCGCCCUGGAGGAGAGCUCGGGGAUGGACCUGGAUGCAGAGGCCGUCAGAGAUGCUGAGAACAACAUCAACACUGCCAGGCAGGACAAUCAACCCUGUGACAACAUGGAGCAAAGUCAGACUGACACCAUAAGCUGUGAUUCGGAUUCGUGCCGCUGUGAUCAGAACGCCAACACCAGCAAGACCAACAUGAAUCACCUGUCGCCAUGCCAACCGAACCCUGGCCACAACCCCCACCUCCAGCUCUUCCCCGACAACCAGUGGGAAGCGUCACCCCCCUCCCAUCUCCACCUCCCUCCCAUAGACUUCUCAUGUAUGCACCUGCAACGAGAAGGCCAAGACCCCGUCCCUGCUUUCAAAUCUUGGCAGGACGACAGUGAGAGCGGAGAGGCGCAGCUCUCCCCGCUGGCCGGUCGCAUGGUUCCUCUCCCCCUGCUGCCCCUGGAGGAAGAUGGCGAGGAGGACGAGGGGGAGGGAGGGCAGGUAACCUCCCCCUCCUCAUCCCGCUCCCACCCUCACCUCCUGGCGCGACGCUUUCUUGACUUUGGCGCUCACGGUGCUCAGCGAUUCCUCCAGCAGGACCCAGACGCCACCUCACCCACCAAAGCACAGCGGCCACGGCGAGCAUCGUUUGGCUCCAAAGAGGCGAUGAGAGGAGGAGAUUCAGUGACCCACCAACUCACCAAGAAGCUGCAGCACCUGAAGAAGAAAAUCAAGCAGUUUGAAGAGCAAUUUGAGAAGGAGAGGAACUAUAAGCCCUCUCAUGGAGACAAGGCAGCUAACCCCAAAGUCCUCAAAUGGAUGACCGACCUCACAAAGAUCCGCAGGCAGAUUAAAGGACGCCAGCACCACCUUUUACCCAGAAGCACGCUGAGGCACCAGGCUUUGCUCCAUUCAUACAGACGCCACCAUGCUCCCUCCUCCCCUUCCUCCUCCUCCUCCUCCUCCUCCUCUAUCUGCUCACCUCCCCAUCACACACUCACCCCCCCACUCCACCCCUACUCAGGCCUGAGCUCUAGACCGUAUCACCUCAAUGCCAAACACCGCGCAGAGAGUGAACUCGGCCCUCAGACUCGUCCACGGAGCAACACCUUACCCAAGAGCUUUGGCUCCACACUGGACCAAGGCACUUAUGAUGCAGCUGGGGAGGUCAAAGGUCAGCGCCCCACCAGGGAGGAAACACUGGAUCUGAUCCAGCGCAGGGUCAAAGGGAAGAGGCAGGAGGACGGCUGGCCUGAUGACAUUAAGAAAAUGACCAAGGAGCAGUUGUCCUGUGAGAAGACAGUCCUUCAGAAGAAUCUGCUGCACUAUGAGGGCCUGCACGGUCGACCUGUCACUAGAGAGGAGCGUCUGGUGGUGAAGCCUCUCUACGAUCGCUAUAGAUUGGUCAAACAGAUGCUCACCAGAGUCAGCAUCACACCUAUUACAGUGUCCCCCUCCAGUAAGAGACGAAGUCAGACGCUCCAGCCAAUUAUUGAGGGUGAAACCGCUCAUUUCUGGGAGGAGAUCAAAGAGGAGGAGGAGGACGAGCGUAAAGAAAGAGAAGGAGGAGAACAAGAAGAGAGGGAGGAGGAGCGUGAGGAGGAGGAAGAAGAGGAGGACGAGGAGGAGGGAGAGAGCAGUGGUGGGGAAAUGCAGAGCUCUGAGGUCAUCAUGGCCGUCGACCUUGUGACCUCGUCUGACGGAUCAGUGAGGACCCAGAACCAACUCGACAGGCAGAGCGAUUGUUCAAUGAGAGCCAAGAUGGAGGAGGGUUCUGGGAAGCUGGCUCUGGACCUGCGGCUGUCAAGCUCCAAUGCCUCGUCCAUGCCAGAGCUGCUGGAACAGCUGUGGAAGGCCAGAGCAGAGAAGAAGAAGCUGAGGAAGACCAUCCGAGAGUUUGAGGAAGACUUCUAUCAGCAUAAUGGAAGAAACGUUCAGAAGGAGGACCGCGUGCCGAUGCUGGAGGAGUACAGGGAGUACAAGAGGAUCAAGGCCAAACUCCGCUUGCUGGAGGUUCUCAUCAGCAAACAGGACUCCUCCAAAUCCAUCUAGACGACCCGCCCUCCACAAACACCAGCUGCCACCGCACACAUCGGCUGUCAUCACUGCUGCGAGGACCCGCCCAGGCCGCCAUCCCGCCCGGGAGGGAGCGCAGUAACCACGUCACAUGGCUUCCCUGGAAGUAGAGACUCUCCGUCAGACUUCACGACCUCCAGAUGGCGUGUUGCAUUCAUGUCAUGAAAAAAAAAAAGUGACUUGCUGGUUCAGAGUUACAGGACAAAAUGUUGUGAUUAAACUUCUGUGGAAAGACUGUUGUUCGAGUUUUCUCACUGUGUAGAAAAACUACAUCUCAAGACGUUUUUAAUAUUUAAAUCAGCCAAAUCUUUGUGGAACAAAAGUAAAGACAAAUAGGCUCAAUCAUUUUUAGCUGCUUUUACAUCCUGACAGUGUGGUCUUAAAGUUUUUUGCUGAAAAAAACCCCAUGAGUGAAUAAUAUAUGCAUUGAAAAAUCUAGCAAUUUUAAGCAUUUUGAUGACAAAAUCAUUACAUUUGUUUGAUAGAUUUAAGAUUAUAUGACAUUUUUUGUUGGUAAUAAUGCCAUAUUAGUGAUCUUUUGCCAAAACUCUCAGCCUUGGAGUUUAAUUAACCACUUUGAGGAUGUAAGAUGUGCGUUUUUACAACUGUUUUUCCAUGACAUGAAUGCAGCACCACCAGUUAAAUUUAAAAUCACUCACGUCAGCCGCAGCUGAUCCUCCGCUGCCUCGUCUCGACUGCAUUUCAUCGUUAAGCUGCAGAAUAGAAACAUGGAGAAAAAGGAAACAUCAUCAUCACCAACGUGACUCAAGACUUUGCACUCGUCUUUUCGUUUCCUCGUCUUCUGAGAGGAAAAAAAAACAUUCUGACUUUUUAAUUUCAGAACUUUUCUUAUUGUCGAUCUUUGUGUUUUUUUCUUUCAUGCUGAGGAAUCUUAUCGGACAGCUCGAAGACUGGCAUUUUAGACGCUCUUCACCCGAGACUUGUUUCUUUCUUUGGGACGUCGCACUGUGUGAAAAGUCCCUCUGUCGCCUCUUUUCGGGGGAGUCACGGUUUCUUAAAGCGGCCUCCUUGGCGCGAGGAGGUUUUAUUCUGUCUGUAAAACUCCAUCAAACAUCCUGGAUGCUUCACACAUUCUGACUGAUUUUAAAUCCGUUCACAAGUUUAAAAACAAGUUUGUGCGUGUAUUGUUAAAAAAAAAAAGUGUAAACAUACAUGUUUGUGAGACACUGCUGUUCACGUUUUUCUUGAAUGAAAAGAAUAUGUGUCGUACUCCGAGGAAAAAAAUAACUGUAUUAACUCCCAGUGUGAUCUCGGAGCUUUGUGAAAGACUUUUCUUUUCAGUCAUUUCUGUAUUUUAGCGUUUUCUCCAUUUUGGCAACAUUUGUCAGUGAGAUGUCCACACGGUUGGUAUACAGUGGUGUUUCUCCUUUGAAAUAACUCUGAACUUUGUUUCCUGUGAGAACUGAACGGCAGCUCAUAGGAAACAGUCGUUCUCAGAUUCGGAGAUUGCUGCAGAAAUUAUUUGGAAAAUUCUGCACAAUUUUUAGUGACUGUUUUCCUCGUGUUUUUUUUUUUUUUCACGUGUCUCUUCACUUCAGUUUGCUGCAUGGUGUCCUGAGGGAUUAUGGGUGAUAAAUGCGAAGGAGAGGAGCCAGUAUCUGGUCCACGCUGUUGCAGUUUCUUUGAAACCAAAAGCAUGUUAGCGACAGGAAGUGGCAGUCUGAGGGAGUUCAGUAUCAGCGCGGUUUGAUAGAGUUUUCUGGAUAUCAGUCGGAAGUUGCUGUGCAGCUGAUGAGACUGAAGAACCGAUUGAGCUCUGGUGGUCCGGGUUCGCUGUAUCGUAUCGAUGAGGUGCCAACACUGCCCGCACUGAUUUUAAACAGAGAAAAAGCUCUGUACGUAGUUAACUGAUGUUUUUUCCCGACUGGUGAGUCAGUGCCGACGGUCCGAGGGAGGGGAGGAGUUUAAAUCUGCGUUUUCUUGGGUUGAGUCUGCAGUCCCAGUGGAGUUUCAUUUCCUGCUGGCAGGUAAAAUGAGGGCAGGUGAGGGGGCAAAAGUUUGUCCUCUUCAUUUCUCUUCUUGCAGAGGCCAUGUCGUCUUGUGUCAGACAGGAGUCGAGAGGUCACAGUGGGAUUUGAAAUGCAGGACGAAGAAUUUUCCAACUAUGGCUGAACUUUGGCUUUAGCUGGCGAGUUUGUGAACGGGCUGUUCGGCAGGUGCAGUUCUGUUAUCAGAACCUCUUCGGCUCGUUGCUUGUAAGAUGUUUCAGGCCAAAAAAAGACAAAGUAGUGCUUUUCUGUGGCGUACAUUCGCCUGCCAGAAUCAAAGUGGACUGCAGUGUUUUGUCUGUAAUCGGACGGCAGAUGUGACGGUUUGAAAUCAGAGUUUUGAAUGAGUCCGUGUUUUUUGAGUGCUUGUGAAGAAUACGCGGGAGGGUGCAGUGCGUUUGUAGGGACGGUUAAGUUUGUAGGGUUGUUGUAAAAAGAUGUUAUUUGCACAGCAUUCACAGAAUGCAGCCCUUUUGUGUUUUUUCAUUUGUUAUUUCUAAAAAUGAAGCACUACUUCUAUACAAAUAUAAAUAUAUACUGUACAUAAACAAAACACCCGAAGGAAUGAAUGUCAGAAAUGUUUAAAUUAUUUCAAACAUUACGUUUGGCCCCCUUUGGUUCAUUAUAUUUGUGAUGCCCUGAGAAUGUGUUUUUUUAUUAUUAUAAAUAUUGCUAUUGCUAUCAUAACCAUUAUUUUUCGUGAUAAUGACAAUAAUAAUAAUCCUUUUGUAUCUACUCACAAACUGUAAAUCCAGCUGUAGAAGUUAGUCUGGCACUGUGCGUGGCUAAUCAAACCUGAACCUGCUCCGUUUCCUCAGUUAUUUUUGUCGCUCUGUGUAAUAUAAGCUAAUAUAGAAGCAGUACUGUAGUGAGCUUGCAUGGCAAAAGAGAACAUAAUAGUAUGAAUAACAUGAUGUAUUGUUUAUAUUAUUUGUGCCAUGAAGAAGCAGCAAUAAUAAAGGUUUGCGUGGAGGCGUCGCAGUCGGGUUUUGGGAAAUGAUGUGUGGGAUCGACUGUGUGUGAAUAUUUGAGGUACAAUUCUUUUUUAAAGUCCAGUUGCUUUCAGCCUAACACACAUUGUCACACACUCUGCUUACACAGUGUGUUUUUACCACUGUUGUCAGCAUAAUGUUCAUGUUGGCGCUGCUGAAAAACCAAAAAAAGGAUAAAAUUUGAAGGUGAACAGGGAAUAAGGAGGCAAUGGCAGAUGCGUCGUAUCUGAAAACAUUCCAGUUUUUAUCAUCAUUAAAAAAGUGGAAACAGUC